UUCGAAUCACGCCCGUUGAAUAACGCUAUUUGUCGCGACACACCUUGGGCCGUUUCGCCACCGAGUUCCGUCGACCAACGCGAUCAACCACGUGUCGUCGAAUGGGUGUCUGGAUGUCCACGUCCGAGCGCCGCCGUCGGUCAGCGGCAACGUCGUCAUCGGCCGCGUCGACGCAGCCAAAGUCGUCGGGCAUGCGGUCGUUCUUACUUGGUUUUUCAACGGCACUGACGCGGUCGCUCAAGUCCAAGUCGCGCGCAUCUGUGAUUUAUGCGGUGAGCGACGAGGUCCAUCUCCAUGUUGACACGGCGUCGUUUGACGGCCUCUUUUGCCGCGGCCUCGCAUCGUCCGACGAGUACCACCACUACAUGCCACCCAACAUGCCGCUCUUCCCCGUGUACGAGCCCAGCUACCACGCAACGUGCGCCCGGACGUGGAAGAGUUUGUGCAUGGGCAGUACCCCCAAGAUGCAGUCGUACCACAAGGACGGCAUCGUGCUCUUCUACGACGAGUUCUUCCACCGCCUCUUUCAGCGCGACCCGAGCUUCACCGACGUCUUUCCUGGCAUUCGAAAGCGCAUUGAAGUGCUCAUCAAAGCGCUCAAGUUUAUGCUGCCCGAGACCAAUGCCACGUCGCCCAUCGAUGUCAUGCACCGGUGCCGCCACCUCGGGCACCGGCACAGGACGAUCAAGAAGGUCCGGCCACACCAUUUCGCCGUGUACACGAGCACGCUUAUCGAAGUCGCCAUGUUCUGGCUUGACAACGAAGCGACGCCGGACGUGGGCGAAGCGUGGAGCAAUCUUGUUGGCUUUCAUCUCAAGUUUAUGCUCCAAGCCUACCUGCAUGAAAAUGUGGUCCCGUCCGAGUGGAGCCAAAACGUGACGAUUCCGACAGCCCACACCAUUGCCCGCAAAAAAUCGAGCACGGUCCUCACCGAUGCACGCGUGAGCGGGCGACCAGCACAGCGACCGACGAUACCCGAGCCCUUUCUAGCAACGGCGGCCCCCGAGACGGCACCAGUGGUAUCGACGCCUGGAACACCGACGACAGCGCAGCUACGCGAGCGGCGGGCGUCGCGCACGCAUGCAUGGCUAUAGCCGCCUUCGAUAGAGCUAUUUAUUUAGAUUUGACCUCAAAUAGGAUACGCGAAGAAGCGUUUAGAGUAAACUCGCCAAUACAAUUGUCAUGCCCGUCGUCGGGCCAAGCCAAAUAAUGUACAAC